AUGGAUCGUGCAAUAUUUGAAGAUCUUGAUGUUGUAAUCGUUGGUGGAGGCAUCUGUGGCCUUGCCACUGCCCUUGCUCUUCACAGAGGAAGGAAUGAAGAUUGCCUCAAAGCUAGGCUAAAUGCGAUUCUUCUUGAGAAGGUUCGAGACAUAUUUCUGAAUGGUAGCAAGCGACAAGAAGAAUUAACCUCCUUCUCGAAUAUUGGGGAAGUUCGUUGUGUAAAAAGAAGUGAUCUAAUUGAAGCUCUAGCUCAAGAUCUCCCACUUGGCACUAUAAGAUUUGGAUGCCAAAUUCUCUCUGUGAAAUUGGAUACAAACUCUUGUUUUACCAUUCUUCAUUUGAAUAAUGGUAAUAAAAUUAGAGCCAAGGUGUUGAUUGGAUGCGAUGGUGCCAACUCCGUGGUUGGCGAUUUUCUUGAGUUGAAACCCAAGAAGCUUCACUCUUCAUGUGCAGUGAGAGGAUUUACAUAUUUCCCAAAUGGUCAUGGAUUUGCUCAUGAGCUAGUCCGAACAAGAAGAGAUAACACUUUGUUUGGAAUGGCUCCAGUCACUGAUAACCUAGCUUGCUGGUUCGUUGUUCACCAAUGGCAUCUUCAGGAUUCAAAGGUGUUCAAAGAUCAAGAAAUGAUCAAACAGAUGACUCUACAGUCCGUCAAGGGUUUCCCUUCAGAAAAGAUACAACUGGUAAAAAAUUGUGACAUUUCUACCCUAACACUCACCCAUCUGAGAUAUCGUGCUCCAUGGGACAUAUUAUUAGGCCAAUUUCGAAGGGGAACCGUGACGGUAGCUGGAGAUUCGAUGCAUGUGAUGGCUCCAUUCCUAGGCCAAGGUGGCUCAUCUGGUAUAGAAGAUGCAGUUGUGCUUGCUAGAUGCAUGACAAGAAAAUUAAUUCAAGCCAAUAAUGAUCCUAAAGAAUUCAAAGGUCAGAAGAUAAUUGAAGAAGCAAUGGAUGAAUAUGUGAAGGAGAGGAGAAUGAGAUUGGUUAAAUUAUCUACACAAGCUUAUCUUAUUGGUUCAUUAUUGGAUACUUCUUCAUUGCUUUUGAAGUUGAUAAUUUUUGUGCUUUUGGGUGCUUUUUUUAGGGACCAAUUUGGUCAUGUUCGAUAUAAUUGUGGCCAUCUUUGAGAACUUGUUGCUUCUAGAGCUACCCAGCAUAGUUUCAAUGGUUGCACUUUCUAGUAUCGUUUACAGCAUCGUGAAGAUACUAGAGUUGUGUUUAUAAGUUUGUUGUUGAAUGUUGUAAAUUUAUUGUAACUUGUCCGUAAAAUUAAUGGUAGUUAACAUUUGAGUGCAAUGUAAGUCAUUAUCUAUCAAUUGUUAUAAGCCCGUUUUUACUUUUUUAA